GGUGGCACUUCCCGUCUGUCUGAGGUUCUCAGUUCGGUCCGCAGCAGCGGGAUAAAGGCUGCAGCACGGGGGCCGGGACCAGACGUUGUGCGGGCUCCGCUCUCGGCAUGUCGGGCCGCGGCAAGGGCGGGAAGGGCCUGGGCAAGGGCGGCGCCAAGCGCCACCGCAAGGUGCUGCGCGACAACAUCCAGGGCAUCACCAAGCCCGCCAUCCGGCGGCUGGCCCGGCGCGGCGGCGUCAAGCGCAUCUCCGGCCUCAUCUACGAGGAGACCCGCGGGGUGCUCAAGGUGUUCCUGGAGAACGUGAUCCGGGACGCCGUCACCUACACGGAGCACGCCAAGCGCAAGACGGUCACGGCCAUGGACGUGGUCUACGCGCUCAAGCGCCAGGGCCGCACCCUCUACGGCUUCGGGGGCUGAGCGCGCCGGGCCCCCCGUACUUCCAAACACCAAAAGGCCCUUUUCAGGGCUCCCCCCACUUUCACCCGAGGAGCCGUGACACUGGCUUGUUGGCGAUCGCUGGUCCGCGUGGCCAGGUUUCGCUGCGGGUCACCGUCACCCGCACAGGCCGCUAGUCCCGCCAACCAACCCUGCACCUAGGCUUCUUCCCCUAAGUUGGUUUGGUAUCUUAGGAGCUGCGGAACUUCCUCCUGGAGGUAUGUCCUGUGACAGCUUUUAGGGCUUGUUGGCUCCGCACAGCUUCCUUUUGAAGACUGCUGUUCUGUGGACACACUGGGAAAACCCUUCUACCUCCGGGAAAAUCCUGGCAAAUGUCCUAGUGGAGAGUCGGCUUGAGAGUUGGAAAAGUGUUCAGACCAAAACUCAGAAACUUGUGUUCUGUCAGGAAAAUGGCAGUUUUUAAGUCAUUGAUUAUAGUCGACCUCAGCUUGUAAAUGCAACCUGGCUUGGCAACUCAGAAGGUCACUUAUUAGCCUGGAGGGACAAUUAAUGGCCUAUUGCUGGUCUCCAUCACUUACCACAAAGAGUAGAGCACUUUUAAAGUUCGUAAAGGUAUUCUUGUUUGUCUUGUAAGGAUGGUGAUCAUAAUUGGCACUCCUUCAGCCUUUGAGGGAGAAACGAUGUGUGCGUCGUUGGUGAUUGCAAGUAAAAAGUAACCGUUAAUGUAACAUUAAGCAAAUGCAAGUAUGUUCCAUUCAAUUUAAAAAGUAUAAUUGUUAAGCAUAU